CGUUUCCUGACAUAACCUCCCCAUAUCUGACUAUUUUGAAUCGUCUGCUAAAUAAUUUUAAACGUCCAAAAAAUAAAAAAAAAAGAAAUUAAAAACAUUGAAAAAAAAGGAUAAGGAAUUAUUAAAUGAAAUAGUAAUUAAUUGUUAAUUUUGGUUAUUUAUUUAACAAGCGAAAAACAAAUAUGAACUCAUUAAGAAAUUGCAGCAAAUUAUUGUUAAAUGUCUCAAAAAUAAAUGUCAAUUACACAGCUCAGAGGAAUAUAAGAAGAACUUAUGCUCCCACUUUAAUCGAACUUACUAAGAGAAAAAAAUUAUUAAAAACUAAAAAUCCAGAAAUUCGAAAUCAAUUCUUGGAAUGGAAUCGAGAUUCUGAACUUUAUGCGUUUAAUCAAAGACUUUCAGAAAAAUUCGAAAUGGAUUUAUUGGAACGUGCAUUAACUCACAGAUCUCACGUUAUUAUGGAAGAAGAAAAACAAAAGAAAGUUGGAAUUGAAAAUCCAGUGAUAAAUAUACCAGAUAAUAGUGAAUUAAUUGCCGAAGGGGAAUUAAUUUUGCCAAAAAUUGUUGAAAAUUAUUUAAAUCUCUCAUUGCCUUAUGCUCCACGAGAAUGUAUUCAAAUUUUGGCCAAUUAUCUUCUAUCAGCUGAAAUGUUGUCAAAAGUAACAAAAGGCAUAGGAUUGGAAGAAUUAAUUUUUACAGCUGAAUUUCCAAUUGACGAAAUUACACUUGCCAAUACAUUUUAUGCCUUAAUUGCCUCAUUAAAUCGUUGUACAGAUUUAAAUCACACAAGUAUUUUUGUUCGUGAUUUUCUCAUUGUUAAUUUGGCUGAGAAAGAUUUAAUGGAAAUUUAUUGUCCAGAUGAACCAUUCGUUAUUUUAGAUGAUAUUCUUUUAAAUGAAGAUAAACUACCCGUUGAGCCGAGAAUUAUUGGACAAUCGGGAAUAAUGACAAUUCAAUCAGUUUAUCAUAUUGGACUUUAUUCUGGUGAAGAAUUCAUUAGUUCAGGUUUCGGUGACUCAAUAGAGGAAGCGAAAACAGCUGCGGCCAUGAACGCUCUGAGUCAAAUGUUUGGUUUAACAGAUUCGAGUCAACCAAUCAGAUGUAAUUUGCAAAUUAGUGAAACAGUGGAAAGUGUACCGUUAAAAAAGUGGCGUCGAUCAAAUUCCUAAAAAUUACUAUUUCCAUAUUGAAAAAAAAAAAAUAAUUUUUUUUUUCCUUUUUUAACUAUGUAUUAAAAUAAUUAUACAAUGGAAAUAAAGAAAAAAAGAAAAAUUAAAAA